AUGAAUGUUGAUGGGAGCUUUUUGUGUCCUGGUAGUUCAGGUUUUGGUGCAGUUCUAAGAAAUGAUGUCGGAUCACUUAUAGCUGUAGUUUUUAGCAAAUCAAUAGUUUCGUCUCCCAUUCAAGCUGAAGCGAUGGCGAUCCUCAACAGUCUUGAGGUUUUGAGUAUGUACAAGGAGGAAGAUAUAGAACUAGAAUCAGACUAUCAACUUCUGGUGCAGGCUUUAGAUACAGGAAACUUGGACUUGGUCUCAUAUGCAAAUUUUCUAUGCAUGGACAUUAAGUUACUAACCGAAGAUCUGGCAAUUUCUUUUAAUCAUGUAAAUAGAUCUUGUAAUGUUGUUGCUCAUAUGCUAGUCAAGAGAGGUCUAAAAGAGUCUGGGUUGUUUGUCCAAGAUCCUGGGUGGAUCCAAGAAUUGACCAACCAAGACUUAAUUAAACCUUAA